AUGUUAGGGAGGUCCUCCAUCUCUGAUUUCAAUGAGUCUCUCUUCUUCCUGAACAGUUCAGCCUGCGCUGUGGGGCUGUUGUGUGCCAAUGGCUCAGAACCCCAAACCCCCCCACACUUGGUGGAUGCCUGGCUGGUGCCACUCUUCUUCGCCAUGUUGAUGGUCGUGGGGCUGGUGGGAAACUCCUUGGUGAUCUAUGUCAUCACAAAACACAAGCAAAUGAGGACCGUGACCAACUUCUACAUCGCCAACUUGGCCUCGACGGACAUCAUCUUCCUGGUGUGUUGCGUCCCUUUCACCGCCAUGCUUUACCCGCUUCCGGGCUGGAUAUUUGGGGAAUUCAUGUGCAAAUUCGUCAACUACAUCCAGCAGGUCUCUGUGCAAGCCACGUGCAUCACCCUGACAGCCAUGAGCGUGGACCGGUGGUACGUGACGGUGUUCCCGCUCCGAUCCCUGCGGCAGCGCACCCCCCGCGUUGCUGCCGUCGUCAGCAUCAGCAUCUGGGUCGGUUCCUUCGUUGUCUCCACUCCAGUCUUGGUUUACAACCAGCUGACGGAAGGCUACUGGUUUGGCCCACAGACGUACUGCAGCGAGUCCUUUCCCUCCAUCUACCACGAGAGGGCCUUCAUCCUGUGCAACUUCUUCGUGGUCUACCUCCUGCCACUGCUGACCAUCCUGCUGUGCUACACAGCCAUGCUGUACCAGAUGGGGCGCCCCACAGUGGAGCCGGCCGACAACCACUAUGAGGUGCAGCUGCUGGCGGAGCGCUCAGAAGCCCUGCGGGCCAAAAUCUCCCGGAUGGUGGCCAUCAUUGUGGCCCUCUUCGCCAUCUGCUGGGGCCCCAUGCAGCUGCUCAUCCUCCUCCAGGCCUUCAGCUCCGGCUUCCAGCGUAACUACUACACCUACAAGGUGAAGAUCUGGGCCCACUGCAUGUCCUAUGCCAACUCCUCGGUCAACCCCAUCGUCUACGCCUUCAUGGGGGCCAAUUUCCAGAAGGCUUUCCGGACCGUCUUCCCGUUUGCCUUCAAGCACAGGGUGGGCAGCUCUGACGUCACCGCCCGGGCCCACGUCAACACGGAGAUGCAGUUUGUCUCAUCGGGGAUGUAA